UCUUUGUCUUUGUCUUUCUCUGUCACAAGUUGGUGUAGUUUGUCAGUGUGUUUAUUUUCAUAAUUAGCUGCUCACCUUAAAUUUUCAAGCCAAUUUGGUUACAAUUGAGCUCUUUAUGUAAAGCUGCAGUCUUUGAGUUUCAUGGCUCGCAGCAAAGUUUGAGAUUUUGACCUUUUUUCACAUCACUUAGAAAUUGAACAAGAAUGGCCAAGGAGGCUUCGAAUGGAAAUCACAACUCUGCAACAAAAGCUCCUCCAACUCCAUCUCCUUUAAGAUUUUCCAAGUACUUCCAGUCCAAUAUGAGGAUUUUGGUAACUGGAGGAGCUGGAUUUAUUGGUUCACACCUGGUGGACAGGUUGAUGGAAAAUGAAAAGAAUGAGGUUAUUGUGGCGGAUAACUAUUUCACUGGCUCUAAGGACAACCUAAAGAAAUGGAUCGGUCAUCCAAGAUUUGAGCUCAUUCGUCACGAUGUCACUGAGCCAUUGCUAGUUGAGGUCGAUCAAAUUUACCACCUUGCUUGCCCUGCUUCCCCAAUCUUCUACAAAUAUAAUCCUGUAAAGACCAUAAAGACAAACGUGAUUGGGACAUUGAAUAUGUUGGGACUUGCCAAGCGAGUUGGAGCAAGGAUUUUGCUUACAUCAACUUCCGAGGUCUAUGGAGAUCCACUUGUACAUCCUCAGGAUGAGAGCUACUGGGGAAAUGUCAACCCAAUUGGAGUCAGAAGCUGCUAUGAUGAAGGAAAGAGAGUGGCUGAAACUCUGAUGUUUGAUUAUCACAGGCAGCAUGGGAUAGAGAUACGAAUUGCCAGAAUUUUCAACACUUAUGGACCCAGAAUGAACAUUGAUGAUGGUCGUGUUGUCAGCAAUUUCAUAGCCCAAGCAAUCCGGAACGAGCCUUUGACUGUUCAAGCACCUGGAACCCAAACCCGGAGUUUCUGUUACGUGUCUGACAUGGUUGAUGGCCUCAUCCGACUUAUGGAAGGAGAGAACACUGGGCCUAUUAAUAUUGGAAAUCCAGGUGAAUUCACCAUGAUGGAGCUUGCGGAGACUGUUAAGGAGCUUAUCAACCCUGAAGUAGAGAUCAUAGGAGUGGAGAACACACCAGAUGAUCCUCGCCAGAGGAAGCCAGACAUCACAAAAGCAAAAGAAUUGUUAGGCUGGGAACCGAAGAUUAAGCUGCGUGAUGGUCUUCCUCUCAUGGAGGAGGAUUUCCGACGGAGGCUUGAAGUUCCCAGAGAGAACUGAACCAAGUGAAAUUUUCAUCAAUUUGAUUUCCCAGCCACUUAUAAAUAUAGAAACUAUGAAUUAUCGCAGCUAUCAACUACUAUAACAAAAUAAAACAGGCCGAAGUUGGUUAAUUUAGUUUGGUAAUAGCAUAUUUGGGCCCAAGAUGUUCAUGAGGAUUUUUCUGGGGCGCAGCUUUUAUCAAGAAUUUUGUUGUUUCUCAACCUGAUUUUAGCUACACCCAGAUAAAUGGUUUAGACGUGACAUCAAAGAAGAAUGAUUAUAAAUUUUUCAUCUUGUCUGUA